CCAGGUCUCGCCAUCACCGCCGGCCGUAGCAGCCGCCUCAAACCCCCCCCCCCGCGUUCCCCCAAUUUCCAAGCUGCGCUUGGACCCCCUUGAUCUCCCAUCCCCACUUCACCCUCACGUCGCCUCGCAUCGCCUCGCAGCGACGUCUAUCAGCGGUCUCAUCACGCCACGCCACGCCACGCCACGCCACAAGCAAAGGUACCACUUUGCCGGCUCAAUCUAAGGCUGAGGUUACGUCUCGCCCGCCACGCCCGCGUACACGGGACAUCUCUGCAAACCCUGUCGCCGCUGCUAGGGCGUAGGGCGACGCAGCCUAUCUCUCUAGCUUCGGCCUCGGAUUGUAUCUCAGGCCUUCUCUCCAUCGAUCAUCACCCUCCAACGACACACCUUCGAGCACCAUGUCCGCAUACAGAGGCGGGCCCCGCGUCUCAUCGAUUGGGUCGCCUGGUCCUCUUCGUGCAACCUCCCCAAGCCCAAACGACGUGAGCAACGGAAGCAAUGGCAACGCAGGCGCUGCUAGCAGUAGCAACAGCAGCUCGACCUCUGUCAAAGUCGCCGUCCGAGUGAGACCUUUGAAUCCCCACGACGCCGCGACGAUCCCUCCUCGAUGGCAGCGAAGCGUCCUCGCACCCAUCUCAUCCAACAGCGUCCAAGUUGAAGCAUCGAGUGGCCCGCCUCCCUCUGGCGAUGCAGCAGGGCCUCCCGCAGCUGGUGCGGCUCACAAGCGACAGCAAUUCACCUAUGACCGCGUUCUGGGCCCGCACGAGGGACAAGAGGAUGUCUAUGCGGCCGUCCAGCCAAUGGUCUCUCGCUUUCUUGAGGGGUUCAAUGUGACUGUCCUAGCCUACGGGCAGACAAGCUCGGGCAAGUCAUAUACCAUGGGCACAUCAGCUGCGGACGUCGACUUUGAGAGCCUCGUAGCAGGCAGAAGGCCUGAUCCACAGGUGGGCAUCAUUCCGAGGGCCGUCGCAGAGGUCUUUACGCAGAUGAAGCAAAUGCAGGCUAGGAACAAUGGAGUGCAGUUCACCGCAAAGGUCUCCUUCAUUGAAAUCUACAAUGAAGAGCUCAUCGAUCUGCUCAAUGAGACAGAGGGAGACAUGCGACCCCUCGUCCAGAUCAGAGAAGACAAGGCGGGCCAUAUCCUCUGGAGCGGCCUACGCGAGCCCAAGGUGCAAGGCGUCACCGAUGUCAUGAACCUUCUCUUGCAGGGCUCCUCUAUCCGUCGCACAAAUGAGACGGACAUGAAUGCUCAAUCGUCUCGCUCUCACGCCAUCUUCUCCCUCACUUUGACGCAACAAAAGUUCGUUGGCUCUGGUCCUGCCCCGCCUCCAAGUGCUUUCAAUGUUGGCGGCGCUGGCAGUGCGAGCGGCCGCACUACCCCGGGAGCAGGUGGGAGAACAACUCCGACAGGCCGUCCCAGUAUGUCGGGUCUGCCUCGUCCUACAUCGAUGCUUCCGCAACCACGCAGUCAUACCCCGUCGGCGCUGUCUGGUCGUGCUUCUUCAGCUUCCUUGCGACCUGCAAGCGUUCAAGGCCGCAGCGCAAGUCCCGCUGUUGGAGCCAGCGGCAACGCCUCGAGCAACGUCUUUUCGACGACGGACACCACGCAGGAUGGCGACUGGGUGACGAUCACGAGCAAAUUCCACUUCGUCGACCUGGCUGGAUCAGAGCGUCUGAAGCGCACCGCUGCUCUCGGAGAGCGAGCAAAAGAGGGCAUUUCCAUCAAUGCCGGCCUUCACGCCCUUGGAAAUGUGAUCUCUGCGCUAGGAGACCCAGUCAAGGCCAAGCGUACCACACACAUCCCGUACCGAGACUCGAAGCUUACUCGACUGCUGCAAGACAGCUUGGGAGGCAACGCAGUGACGAUGAUGAUUGCCUGCGUCGCACCCACCGAGUACAACGUCGGCGAGACGAUCAAUACCCUACAAUACGCCAAUCGUGCUCGCAACAUCAAGAACAAGGCUGAGCGCAACGAGGUCGAGGUCGGAUGGGAUGACGUCGAGCAUCUUCGCGCUACUGUGCUCAGGCUGCGCAAGCAAGUCGCCGUACUGCGUGGGUUCAAGGGAGGAGAAGCAGAUGCCGCUUCUCUGCAGGCAAUGGACAGCGAGAUCCUCCAGUGGCAGGGCAAGUAUACCGAAGCCAGCCAGCGCGUCUCGCAGCUGACGGCGGACCUCACCAAGCUGCAGCAAGCCACCAAGGGUAAGAAAGCUGCAGGCGAUGACGAUGCCGACUUCCUAGCAGCCGCAGAGCCCAUCAUCGUCGAGUAUGAAAAGACGCUCGAUGCGCUUGAGGGUCGACUCAAUCUUAUGAAGGCAGCCCUUAGCCACUCAGAGGAUAUCAUCAACGAGCAGGAGGGGCGUAUCUCAGAUCAGGAGGAGCGCAUGCUCAACGCAGAGCAGCAACUCGAGUCGCGCGAGUCCACCAUCGUCGAGCUUCAGGCACGACUGGCUAAGGUACAAGACCGCGAGUCCACGGCGGAAGGGUACGCUCGCGACCUCGAGACCAGGCUGCAGACGCUGGACAGCAAAGGCGACUCGGCGUCUGAGCAAUCGGCUGAGCUGCGACGAGAGGUUUCGAGGCUGCGAGAAGCAGAGGGGAAGCAGGAAAUCUACAUCAAAGAGCUGGAGGACCGGCUGGCCAAGGCCGACGCUUCCAGUGCGACUCUGGCUGCUCAGGUUGAGCGUCUCGAGCACGACGUGCAGAGGCGCGACGAGGCGUACAAGGAGCUGCAAGAGCGCCUGGAAAUGCUAGACAACGGAGAUCAGACAAAGGCCCUCGUCGAAGACUAUCAGCGCAGCGAGCAGUCCAAUCUGGAGCUGCGCGCCCAGCUCGAAGAACUGAAGGACGAGCGAGAUGCUGCUGUCAAAGAGAGGGGCAAGCUGCACGAUGCCGCGGCAGCGCAUGAGCUCCAUCGCGGCGACUUGGAGGAUCGCAUCCGCGAGCUCGAGGCAAAAUCUGUGCCCGCGUCUUCCACAGACGAUUCUUCCACGUCGAGAGAUGCUGCGCUCGGUGCGGCAGGGGGCAUCGUUGCCGGCGCCGGCGCUGGAGCUCUCGCUGCGACUGCCCACAACGGCAGCAAUGGCACGGACGAUGCUCUGCAGGCUGAGCUAGAGUCGCUGCGACGGCAGGUUGAAGCCUCAAGGAACGAAGAGAUGCAAGCCAAGGCUCAGGUCGAAGCUAUCAACGCCAAAUAUCAGGAGACGCUGACAGAGAUGCACACGCUCAAUCUUCAGCUCUCUGAGGCGAAGCUCAUGGGCGGCUCGACCGGAAUGACGCCCAAGCUGAAGAAUGCCGAGUUUGGUACUGAGCCCGAGGAGGAGCUCGAGGAGUUAGCGAACACGUCAUCGCCGUCAACGAGCAAACGCGGCAGCCUUCAAAUGACGCGGAGGAUGUCUGGCCAGCUUACCAGCCCCGUCCGUAACGUUGGGGAGCGCGAGCGCACCUCUUCGAACGCAGACGAGCAGCGUCGAUUGCAGCGGAGGUCCUCGGGCUCUUUUUUUGGGUACAACCCGCAGCAGGGAGGCCUCGACUCGCCCUCGAGGCGGGAACGACCGCGCUCCUUGUCGCAGCAAUCUUUGUCGCAGGAGUUGUUGCCGGCGCUCUCUGGAGGCCAUCGUCCCCUCUCGCUCUCGACGAGUGUGGGCGUGCCAGCGCUCUCAACGCCAAGUCAAGCGCCCGCACCGGGAGCCACGACAAGCUCGAACGCAGCUGGGGACAGUUCUUUACUGUCGCCAUCUCGAUCAUCGACCGCUAUCGCCAGAUCGCUUUCGGCGGGGCCGUCGACGCCCACAACGCCCACGGCGAGCUCUGACCGCAACAAGAUUAACAUGCUGGAGAAGGGCAUCCUUUCGCUGCAGGAAGCGCUCAAGAAGAGGGACGCAGAGAUUGCCCAGCUGGAGGCCACCUUCCGAGAGAACAGCAACAACAGUCAGACUCUACGAGCGCCUCUUGCCAACAUCAACACCGCUGCCCCUACUCCGGCGAGCGAGCGCGAUGAGUUCAUCGAUGCAGUGAGCCCCUCAACCUCUCAAUCUCACCUGUCCGUCUAUGAUACCCCGGGACCGCCCACGCCUAGCGGAGACGCAACCUUGACGGCAGCCUCGCCCUUGACUCCCUUGUCCGAGGGCGAAUUUGAGACGGUGAAGCAGUUGAUCGCCGAGAGUCAAGCCCAGCAUGGCGGUGACGUCGAUGGCAACUAUGCCAGUCGCCUCGACUCGCUCAUUCGGUCCAUGGCCCGCAAGGAACAAGGCCAUCGAGAACGCUCCGAGUCCCUCGCUGCGCAUUUGCAAGCCGAGCAGGCACAGCGCGAGGCAGCUGAGAAGCGAGCGCAGGAGCUCGCGCGCGAGAUUGAGGAGUUGCACUCUCGAAGCAAGUCAACUGACAGGGAACCCGGUCUGAGCACGCCCAAGGCUUCAACGCGGGCUUCUGCUGCGGAUCAAGAGCUUGUCACCGAAGAGCUUCAGCAGCUGCGCCGAGAUCUCGAGUCGGUGCGUGGAGAGCUCACGCAGCGCGAAAAGGCCUUCGAGAUUCAGCUGCAGAGCGUGAGGAACGAGCAAGCCGAAGCGCUCACUCGUGCAGGCGACAAGGGCGACUCGGACAAGGACCGUCAGCACAGCGAAGCUCUCGCGCGUCUAGUCGCUGAGCAUCAAGCUGCCACUGCUCAGGCUAUGGAGGAACACCAGGCCUCCAUCGAUGCCCUCAUUGCUGGUCACUCGAAGAAUAUGGAGUCGCGCGAUGCCAGCCACGCCACCGCCAAAGGGAAGCUCGAUGAGGCCAACGCAGCAUUGGAGGCGCUCCGUAACGAUCACGCUGCUACGCUCGAAGCGAUCCAGGGCGAGCAUGCACGCAAGACGGCUUCGCUGCUGGCAGAGAAAGACGAAGCGCAUCAAGUCCUCGUCGACAGCUAUGAGAGCAGGCUCGCAGAGCUAGGCCAGCAUCAUGACGAUGAGCUCGUACGCCUACACGAUGAGCAUGAGUCUACCCUCAGCAACCACAAAACCGAGGCCGCAGCGGCUCUCGCAUCAGCGACGGCUGCGGCCGCAGCAACGGCAGCAGUGAACACGUCAGGCGAAGACGACGAGGUCGAGCAGCUCAAGAACACGCAUGAGAAGGCCAUUUCUGAGCUGCAAUCUCGCCUCGAUGCGGACCGACAGCAAGCCCUCGCUGACGCCCAUGCUGCGUACACCAAUGAGAAGCAGCGAGUUGCCGACGAGCACGAGGCGCGUAUCGCCGAUCUCCAGCGGCAACAUACGCAGAGCAUGGACCAAGUCACCAAGCGUCUCUCAACCUUCCGCGACGUCCACGGCGAGAUGGUCGACGUCGACGCACUUCGCCUAGAUCUGUCUGAGACCAGCGAUGCCCUCGUCACGCUCGAGGAUGCUCUCACCAGCGUUACAUCCGAGCGCGACGAGCUCGCUGCUCAGGUGCAGAAGCUGGAAGCCGCACACAACUCUGAUGCCCGCGCAGAGGCUGAGAGCUUGCGUCGAGAGCUAGAGAAUCACAAGCUGUCCGUGGCCAAUCUCAAGACAGAAUUACUUCGUGCAAAGAGCGAGAUUCAGCAAUUGAGCGAGGAGCGCAUAGACGGUGGCCGUACUUCACGCGACGGGCACGUCGAGACGGGUGGCAAUGCCGGCCAUUUCCCUUCGUCAAUGGGUGGCACCAUCAACGGUGGCAGCUUUCGCGGCAGCAAGGGCGCUCUCCCGCCUCCUACGCCCCCGCCAAGUAUGCCAGUACCUCCGACACCAAGCGGUCAGCGCGCAUCUCUCGGCGCUCGGGCGUCCCUCUCAUCUCUGAUGACUCGCUCCGACUCACCAGAUCAAGCUCGUUCUUCCGGAACAACCAGCGGUGGCGGACACGGUGGCCCGUCCCUCUCGCGCUCCUCAUCCGCCACGUCCAUGUACACGCAAACGAACAGCAUCAACGGCAUGACCAACUCAGACGCAAAGAAGCUUCUCGCUGAGCAGUCUGAAGAGCUCAAAAGCCUUGCCAAGCAGCUCGCGCACUGCGAGGCCGACCUACAAGCCAACAUCGACCUCGUCUCCACCCUCGAGGCCGCCCUCAACGACAGCGAGCGUAACCUGCGCAAGUCGCGCGUGCAGCUCACCGAGGUAGGCAGGGAGCGUGAUCGCUACUCGAGCCAAGCAGAUGAUUUGCGUCAGCAAUUGCAGGCGGCGCAGAAGGAGGUGGACAGCGUGAGGAAUAGCGUCAUUCUGGAGAAGCAGGAGUUCGAGCAAAAGAUUUCAAAGUUGCACAAGGAGAAGGCCGCUAAGGAAUUGGAGGCGAGGAUGGAGGAGAUGAACAGGAGGAAGAGCAGCCGCUUCCUUUGCAUGUGAGGCGGCUACGGCCUGCUGCCCUGUCCUUGUUGCUGGUCACUCUGCCCCAUCCUUUGCUCGUGUGAGUAUAUAUUGCGCCACCUCGCGCUCCGUCUCAAGUUACCCC